AUGAGCUCCGUUGCCAGGGCUGGGCAAAAUGGUUACCAUCACCGAACUGAAAUGAAUAAGAAAGUUUACAAGCUUGGGAAAGCUGGCCAUGAGUCUCAUUCUGCCAUGACUGACUAUGAUAGGUUCACCAAGCAUCCCUUGCUCAGGGUUGCUCUGGAGGAGAUCGAGCUCAUGUUCAUUGAUACAUCAUCCAAGUUUGGACACGGUCGCUUCCAGACAACACAGGAAGGGGCCAUUUUCUAUGGGAAGCUCAAGGCUUGA